AUGGUAUCUUUGAAUCAAGUCGUAAAUAUUUAUUUUUGUGGAUAUGAUGUAAACCCUGCAAUUCUUGCUGGCGUAGGACUUGGUACUACUUUUAUGAAUGUAACUUAUUUCGCUGUUUGUUUUGGAUUAAAUGGAGUAAUGUAAUCACUAGUUGCUCAAGCUAAUGGUGCUGGAAAUUUGAGAUAAAGUGGUAUAUAUGUGAAUCGAGCUAGAUUAGUGCUUACACUUUGGCUUCCUUUUGCGAUAUUUUUUUCAUUCUUUUUGGGAAAAACUUUUGAAGCUAUUGGAAUCGAUUAAGAGACUUCAAAUGUUGCAUAAAUAUAUACCACAAGAUAAAUCCCGGGUUUGAUAGCGUUUAUGUAUUUUGAUAUUGGUAGAUAAUAUUUAGUCGCACGAGAAUUAGACCCUUAAUAUAAAUCGUCAUGGUUUUUAGGAGGCAAAGAAACUUUUAAGAAUCUUGGAGAAUAUGUUAAACUAGCGGUACCUUCUGCAAUUUUACAAUGUUUAGAAUUCGCUGGUUUUGAGAUGCUCUGUAUACUUUCAGGAUAUAUAUCUGUUACUGCAAAUGCAGCUUAAGUCAUCACACUUACCACAAAUAUUAUGUUUUACUAAAUUCCUAUUGGAUUAAUGAUAGCUUCUACAACCAUAAUUGGAGAAUUAAUUGGACAGAGAAAAAGUAAAUUGGCUAAGGCUCAAUCUUGUUUUAUCAUAAAAAUCAACUAUAUUUCUGGCCUUAUCAUGGGAAGCAUACUAUUUAUUUUCAGAUAUUAAUUAGCUAGAGCAUUUUCAUCUAAUGAAGAGGUUAUUGAAAUUACAUCAAAUGCAUUUAUAUUUUCCAGUGUCUCUCACGUGCUUGAUUUUAUUUAUGCGAUCUAAACUGGGUCAAUCAGAGCUCUCACCAAAUUUAAUCUUGCUGUUUUAGGUGGAUUCAUAGCUUUUUAUGUAUUUGCAUGUCCACUUGGAUCGUUAUUUGCUCUAUAUUUUAAGUUAGGAGUUCCUGGACUUUGGUUAGGACUUAUAAUGGGUUAGUUUAUUGUAGUUUCCUACUUUUAGUAUCUUCUCAGUUGGGGCUUUGAUUGGGAAUAAAUUAUUCAAAAAUCUUAUGAAAGGUAAGAAGCGGAAAUAAAAAUGUAAAAUAAGCAAGAAAACUUAUUGGUAAAUAAUCACAAAAUUCUCUCAAAUGAUGGAAUUCUGUCGAUUGAGAUGUAAAAGCCGUAGAAAGUUGUAUUAUGA